UCUCUGGGAAAGAGCGCCAAGGCAGCGCGAACAAGCGAUGGAGAUUCGGCAACAGAUCCCCUAAAUUUCGAAAUGUCAGCAGCACCAGUGAGCAAGACAUGCUGCCUCCAGAUGUUUCCCCGUCUACAAUGUCCGCCCUUGGCUCAAAUGGGCCACUGAGCCCCUCUUCGGAGGCGUUUCAGACUCGGCUCUUGCAGAGUCCGUUACUUCACGCAGUACGACCUACUUUGGACCGGUUGCCAAGCAUUCAGCGGACCAUGAAUCUACCGGAGGAGAAACUGACGAUCAUACUCCAAGAGCCUCCACCAGAACUGGCGCAGCCGUUAGAACCAGCUAGCCGCGCAAGUUCUGGUGCUCCGUCGAUAAGCCAAAGCAUCCAGAGCCGUAGAAGCAUCAAAAUGUUCUCUUUGUUCAAGAAUAUGAAUAAACAAUCGUCCGGGUCCAUAUCAGAAUCUCAGACCUCCGAGCAACUCGUUGACGCGCCAAAGAUUGCUUCAAGCUCUCCGGUGUCCAAAACACUGACUUGGUUUACCAAUAAAGAAGAUCAAAGGUCUACAGCAACAGGUAUGGGCUGGUUCGGCAAGGCCCCUUGGCACCGAAAAGACUCCAAUGAUACCAUCAGCAGUGCCACAAGCUCCGUGCGAGACGUUUUGGCCGGCAGAACGCCACCUGUCACGCCUGAUCCCGAGGGCUUUCUGAGUCGCCAACAAGAUUUUACACUGACGCCAUAUCCUGCUGGAGAAGCAACAAGAGUGAGAACCCCGCCAACGCACGAGGACACUGCGGAUGGGAAGCCACGAUGCUUUUUCACAGACAUGGUACCACCUGGGGAAGACAGUGAUACCUGGGACGCUGCUCGACCGGCCAGAUCUACAAGCGCUAAACGAAACCAAAAAAGAUGUGACGAUAGUCUCCCGAAAAGACCCAAAGAGUGGUGGGAAGCGAAGCAACGAACACAACCCAAGCGGAGACUAACAGGGCCUCGCAAUUUCGAAUUCGAUCUCCCGGAGCACCUACCCAGCAGUCCAAUGUGCCCGGCGAACCCUAAACACUCGUCAGGUGGUGUUGGAGUUUGUGUUUAUCAUGGAAGAGGGAGAAAAGAGUAUACACUCAAGUUAGAGCAUAAAAUGAGUGACAGACGGCAAGGGUCAGAAGUGUCAAUCACUUCGGAGACCGAUGAAAGAUCAACGUGGGACUGAUGCCGGCUUAGGCUUCGUUCAUGACCUAGAUGAAAUCAAAUUAACGUAUUCUUGCAGUCCUAUUAUAUGUAUUGAGCGCCACUCGAAGUAACUGUGCAUCCAAUCUAAUAAUAUUCAGGAAGUUGUUGGCCCAGGUUGAGAG